AUGAAAGACGCCCAAUCUACAAUCGAUUCAUUGAGGGAAUUAAAUUCUGAUCUCAUUCGCCAGAUCACUGAACUUAGAAAGAAGUUUGCUGAGAUCGAGACUGAGAAUAUAAAAUUAAAACAAGAUAAGGAAGAGAUUGAAGCCAGAUUUGUGAAAUUAGAGUGGAAUGAUAAAGAUACUGCUACUGAAAAUGCUGAGCUUAAAGCUAGAGUUGCAAAAUUAGAACAGAAGCAAUUGCAAAAUGACAAAGAAAAAAGUUUUCAUAUUGCUAAAUUGGAUAAGAAUAGUAGAGAAAUUAAGCAAUCUUUAGUUAAUAUUAUCUCUCUUACAUCUGAUAUAACUGAUGAUAUUUUAAAUUUUGAUAUUUGUGAACAAGCAGAAAAUAAUUCCAAUAUUUGUCAAGAAAAAUUUAUAUUAUUAGAAGAAAAGAAUAAAAAUAAUUUCCUGAAUUCAAAAAAUAAGGAACAAGUUAGUAAAGAGAUUAUUCAGAGCAUUAAGAUGAAGCUCCAGGAUCAAGAGAAACUCAUAACUUUACAGUUUUUUCCAAAAAUAGAAUUUGAAGCAUCAGAAAACAAGAUAGGUAUAUCAUCUGACUUGAAAUCUGCUCAAUAUCCUAAUUUAUGUCAAGAAGAUAGUAAUAAAAAUAAUAAAUAUUAUGAAAUUACUGAUGAAUCUUUAUACCUGCUAUGCAAGUUAGAUCAUAAUAAUAAUAAUAGUAUAGAAGGUAGAUAUAAAGUUGGAUCUUAUAAUCUUAAAUGUGAACAAUGUGGAAUUAAAGUUAAGGUAAUAGCAUAA